AAAUCAGAACUGAUAAUCAUUGAUUUAAUUUUCGUUCCAGGAAACGACAAAAACAGCGCGAUAAAUUAUGCAAGACCAUCUACAGCGGUUUCCUGACUCUCACCGAGUGCUACGACUCGUUUAACUUAUCUCAGAACAUCCCGUGGGAAUCCCAAGAUCCGCUGAACCUUUUUGACAACUCGAAUUGGGCUGGUAGUGGCUCCAGAAUACUCAACGGCACCGAAGACUCCAAUCGCACCGGUACCGACAACUCAGACAAUACUUUAGCGCCUGUACUGCCGCCGUUUAAGCUAUGGCAGGCCAUUUUGAUAGCUAUUAGCUUGGGAAUUUGUAUAAUACUGACCGUAGCUGGGAAUAUAUUGGUGUUAUUGGCAUUUAUCGUGGACCGGAAUAUUAGGCAGCCUAGUAACUAUUUCAUAGCAUCGUUAGCUUGUACUGAUAUGUUAAUUGGGACAGUAUCAAUGCCUUUCUACACAGUAUACGUCUUAAUGGGCUACUGGAAUCUUGGUCCGCUACUUUGCGAUCUUUGGCUCUCUGUGGACUAUACGGUCUGUUUAGUAUCCCAAUACACUGUAUUACUAAUAACGAUAGACCGAUUUUGCUCGGUUAAGAUAGCAGCCAAGUACAGAAGUUGGAGAACGAAGCAAAGAGUCAUCUGGAUGGUUACUAUAACCUGGAUUAUCCCUGCAUUAUUAUUCUUCAUUAGCAUAUUUGGAUGGGAGCAUUUCACUGGGUUUAGGGACUUGCAGCCUGGAGAGUGUGCUGUGCAGUUCUUAAAGGAUCCUGUGUUUAAUACGGCACUAAUCAUAUCGUACUACUGGACCACGCUAGUAGUACUAUUUAUCUUAUACGGAGGUAUCUACAAGACGGCAUUUGACAUGCAGAAAAAGAGCGAAGCCAAGCAGCGCAAGAUGCAAUCCAUGGUCGCUCUUAGCGCGGGCGCUAUGAGCGGAAUGGCGGGUCGUGCUGCCGGUAUAGGUAUUUCUAAAGCGCAAAGCAACUCCGAAAGUCAAGAUAAGCCAACUCCAAUGCAGCUCAAUACUGCAGUAGUAUGUGAGAAACCUGACAAAAAUACUUUGACAGUACUGGAUUCUUAUAGAGCUGGAGGAUCAGCAGAUUCUAAUUCUAGUACUACAACUAAUAGUGCUACCACUACAACUACGACUACUACAACGGCAUCCUCCACGGAUAAGAAAAAUCUCUGUCCACCAAAAGGUACUACUGCUGCAGCACAAGAAAGUGGAGAUAAGUCGGAACGAUCCAGUAGCCCAGCAUUCGAAUCUGAUGAAGACAGCACUGCGCCUGUCCAAGAGAAGGAGAAGGAAAAAGAAAGGGAGAAAGAGAGACAAAAGAACCAAGUUGAGUUAGCAACGAAGAAAAGGACGUCGAUAGUAGGAAUUGUUAUGCAAUCGAGUGCACCGUUACACGUUUUUAGUAAUACUAGAGUCAAUGGAGAUAUUUCACCAGCCAAGGGAGCGGUUAGGAAUCAAGAAAAAUCGCCACGAAAGCAUCCAGAAAAACCUCACCUACUCCAAAUCACCGAAUGCGACCCGUUAGUCGUUUCAAAAAAAUCAAAACAAUACACGGUAGGUGUAAAACCCCAGCCUGACCCUCAUUGUACCGCCAUUGUAAAUAGCAAAAGUUACGACAGUACUCUGCAACCCCCUGUAGAUAGCAAAAAACCCUCUAGCUUAAAAUUUAAACCCCAAUCUCAGAGUACCUACGAUCUCCUAGUAGGCUUAGACGGCGCUGAUUUGAGGUAUAUGGACGAGAGUUCUGUAGUUGUACCCUCCCCAACCUUAGAGAACCCCGCAUUGAGUAACGCUAGUUCUCCUCGAUUUGUACAGGGAGAGCAAAAGAUGCAGACUGAAGUGACUAUUAGCGCCGACCGGCCUGUUACGUCUGUAGUGGAAGAGGACAGAACAGGGGAGAUGACUGAAGACAGCUCGCCAAUGGGAGGCAUUUCAGCUAUUAGCCAAACAGGUAAAAAUGGCCCCUAUACAACCACCUGUAAUUACAGACCGAAAUUUUGUACAGAUUCAGUCGACAAUCCGAAAAGGGUGUUUGUUAAAUCGAUCGGUAAGAGACUCAAGGCUAAGAAGAAGACCAUUGGUCCUUUGGGAUUUGGUAGGCAAAAAUCCAAGUCGGAAAAUCGCGCCAGGAAGGCUCUGAGGACAAUCUCCUUCAUCUUGGGGGCGUUCGUGGUGUGCUGGACGCCGUUUCACAUUUUCGCGCUAGUCGAGGGGUUUUGCACCGACCCCCCGUGUAUUAAUGGCCACCUUUACAUGUUCUCGUACUUCUUGUGCUACGCAAAUAGUCCAUUGAAUCCUUUCUGCUACGCUUUGGCCAAUCAGCAAUUUAAGAAGACUUUCACUAGGAUUUUAAAAGGAGACUUUCACCUAACUUAAAAGGUUUUUUUUUAGAAAAUUACAUACUCAAAG